AUGUCCACAACUUCGAUUCGCUACAUCAUCGGCUCACCCAGCUUCACUUCUCGUAUCACAAACCUGAUGCUCUAUAACAUUAUCUGCUCUACCUUCGACGACUUCCCAUAUAUCUUAUCAUACUUUUCCAAACUUAAAAGUGUUGAUUAUGAUGUCCAUUUCUGUGACAUGCCCACCGACAACUGUUUCCAUUGCGGGAUGCAAUACAUGGCAGAUGUAUUUGCAGAGACUUUGGUUAUCGAUGACUCCCCACCUUCACCCCCAGAAACACCACAGACCAUCUCGAUUGAAGACUGCUCUAGCCUGACUAGUUAUCGCUCAGCGGAGAGGAGUGCCCUGUACAAUUGGCCCGUGUCAAUGAUCGCACAUAUCUGCGAACCCUUGGCCUUGUCGCCGUAUCUCCACAGUUCCGGUGCGACACUUAAGCAUAUCGGAUUGGGAUUUGAGACCGAAGAGGCAAUAGAAUUUUCGCCCUUCGCUAGUCAGGCUACCAUAACUCCUUCUGUCACUUCCGAUAGCGUCUAUGAAGAACUGACCUUUGACGUCUCAUCCCCAAUGCUGCGGUUGCCGUAUACGAAGUCAGAACAACAUCCAAAUUCUUAG